AUGAUCGCCGGUCGCUGGUACUGGUGUUGCGUCUGGCGGGAUGAUGUGAUGCUGGGUAUUUUGGUCUGUUGGCAGGCAAAUUCUGGAGUGCCGGUGAUGGUGUUCGUUUGCCCGGACUCGUCGUUGGCCAGCGGCACGAAAACGUUCGAAACGAUUCCAAUAAAACGGACCCAGCAGGCGGAUUCAAGCAGUCAGACCUACGAUGCUCGUCGAGGAGGUUCUGUGGUGGUUCCGGGUUCAGCCUGUCCACGGUUGUCGGGCAGCAAUGCAAAUGCUCUCACUCAACAGGGUGUGCCCCCUUGGUUGCCCGGCGCCGGAUGGCAAAGCGAGGAGAGACUGCCACCACACAGAGUGGAAAUGCACUUUGGCGGGUUCUCUUUCGCCGUGGUGUUGAUCAAAUGGUCCCAGUCACGAGCACCGUUGUCCUGGCACAGGUCGGUCUGGCGCUUUCUCAAUGCAGCUGAAGCAUUCCUCGGAAUAGACGAGGCAUUGCGAGCGAGUGUAUGUCCUCGAGCAGAUGCAGACCGUACAUGGCGACUCGUCUGUCGCGGCGGUAUGGCAGCUGCCCCUGAAAAACGACAUAACUGUUAUAUUACGAAGGAUGCGAUGCGCUGGCAGCUAUUCACAGCGACUGGAUCUGCAUACAGAACUAGUCGCCAGACAGCAGUGCUCAUAAUGGGCGCGAGUGAGAUUACCGGGGCCAUUUUCGGAAAACGGAGGAAACAGAAGCAGCAAAAUAAAUAA